AUGGGGGGUAAAGAACACGAGAAUAUUAUAAACAAUAGAAAUCAUUCAAGGCAGGACUUAGAAAUAAUGAAAAUUUUUACAUCACCGGAAUGGUUGGGAAAAACAUUUCAUAAAUCGUCUAAUACUAUUGUUAACUCAAUGGUUAACGAUGAUCACAUUCCGUCAGUUCAUACGGAGUUGGAAAAMGUAUUGAGUAAGACUUAUAAUGAAGCAGAAUCGAUGGGAUAUCUAGAUACUAUCCAAGAAAUUACCGACCAUGAAACCGAAGAGGACGAUUACGUUGAAGAAAAAAGAACCGUACUCCUUUCAGCAAACGAAUCGUUCAAAAGUGUCCGACAAAUUGAAGAAACAGAAGAGAAAGAAUUAGAAAACAGUAAUAUACAGGAAAGUAUAACUGAAAGCACAGUAGCAGAGAAUCGAAAUAGUAUAGAAUCGUUCGAGGUAUCCAGUUUAAAUAGUAAAAUUGUURAGCACGAAUAUGACUUAUCUUUUCAAACACCUGAUAAUAAUAAAGCCAACGGUUCCGAAUUGCAGCCAUCGUAUAUAGCCCCUAAUGUCAAAACAUCUGAAAAAUCAUUAAAAGAAGUAGUUGAUAAGAGCUACUGCGUUUCCAAUGAAGAUGACAUAUAUGAAAAUCAAACUGGCGUCGAGCAUGAAUGCUAUUCUUAUAGAGAAUGUUGUGAAGAACAAGAAACUUCACCSAAACAUAAAUACAUGGUGCCCACUCCCAACUUUUCAUCUGAUGAAACACUUGAAGACGAGGCUUUGAUGCAGUAUUUUAAUUUUGAUAAUUUUAGUGACAGCUACGGCUCUGAAAUAGUUGAUCAGUCGCCCACGGGGUCAUUAAACACUAAUGUCAUGACUCGAAUAAUUCGUCAAAACAAAUCACGUAACUACAUGACUAAAAAGCAAAUGAGUAACGAGUCGGCAUUCACAGAAGUCAUGGAUCUGUUAUUCGAAGAAACCAAAGCAUCACUGGGAAAACUUUUGGUUGAGGGUUUGUACAUUGUGUCAAAGAGRUACCGUCAUGACCCAUUCAAAUACCUAGGUAAGUGGUURUUGAUUCAAGCUGAUAUCAGAGAUGAAAACCAAACCGCAGAAGAGUCUAUGUCAAGCUUUUAG